UUAAUAUACAGAGAGCGUAUAGCUAUAAUAAGUAUAUCUAGUUUGUUAUGUAUAUUUGUUGUGUGUUAUUAGUUUUUUUUGUGUAUGUUAGUUUUUCAUCAAGUGCCAAUGAUGAGAUACAUAUCCAAAUAAACAAUAACACAAUAAUUGGUAAAAAGUUUUAUACGAUAUUCGAAAAUAAACCUUAUGUGGCAUUUUUUGAUAUUCCUUAUGCUGUACCUCCCCUACACGAAUUAAGAUUUAAGCCACCAAAAGAGUUCCAAUCUUGGAUUAAUAUUAAGAAUGAGCCUUUUUAUUAUAAUGAAACGCGUCCACAUAAAUAUUAUGAAGAUUGUUUAUAUCUUUCAAUAUACUGUCCUCAUACAAAUAAAAUAGGGUUUAAUUUUCCAGUUAUUAUAUGGCUUCAUGAACAGUCUAAAUACCAUAAACCUGAUUUUUUCAUUGAUGAAGAUGUGAUUGUGGUAAUUAUUUCAUAUAGAACUUCAAUAUUUGGAUUCUUAAAUACAGAUGACGAUUUCGCUGAAGGUAACAUGGGAGCAAAGGAUAUUUUGUGCGCACUCAAAUGGUUAAAGAAUAAUAUAAAUUAUUUCAAGGGGGACUCUACCAGAAUGACUGUUAUUGGAUCAGGUAAAGCAGCUGUUUUGGUUGCAUCCCUUUUGGUGACAAGUGUUGCUGAAGAUCUAUUCACAAGAGUAGUUAUUCAAAGUGGAUCGGCUCUAUCCCCUGCUGAUUACAGAAAUUGUAAUUUUGAUAUUAUGAAUAAAUUAUACUGGAACUUAAAAGGUCCUUUUAAAAAACUAAAUAGAACAAGACUUUAUGAAAUACUCAUAAAUGCUUCCGUAAACAGUUUGCUAUCGGCAUCACAAGAUAUUUUUGAUGGAACGGAAGUGAGAAAUAAUCAAAGAUUGAUCAAUACUUUUGGGCCCACGAUUGAGACUUCAAAGCGGGCUUUUAUGAAUAGGUCUCCUUUAGAUGUAUAUAAAAGAAAAUUCACAAAUAACAAUGUCGAAGUAAUGAUGGGAUACACCAGUUUGGAUUCCCUUUACAAAUUACGAGGAUUUGUAAUGGACAAAAAACUUUUGAAGUAUUUAAAUUAUAAUUUCCAAUAUUUAUUGCCAUUCGAAGGAAAAAAGGACGAAUAUGGUUCGAAGCGAUAUAAAAAAAUAAAGGAGAGAAUAAUGGAGUUUUAUUUCGUUAAUGGUACGAUCGGCGAACGGAGCUUAAGACGAUAUGCAAAAUAUGUUUCAGAUCAAGUCAUCUAUCCAUUGCUCCGUCAAGCGAGACUACACGCGGAGGUAUCGCGCAAUAACGUUUACUUGUACAGAUUUUCAUUUAAAGGCUCCCUCAAUACUGCUUGGAAUUCUUAUGUACGAAAUUUGGAUUGGCCUGGUGCGACGGCUGGAGACGAAAUCUGUUACCUAUUCAAAUGCAAAUCAGUAAACGACAUUUACAAUAGCUCGCGAAUGUCAAAUGAAAGGCACUUCAUUAAGAAAAUUGCAAGGUUAUUGGCAAAUUUUGCUAAAUGCGGGAAUCCUACGCCAAAGCUCAAUGAUAAUAUUCUAGGUGACUUACAGUGGACUCCGUUGCUAGCAGACAGGACAAUGAGAGCAUUGAAUCUGAGCCAAAAACUUAAAAUGAUCAGCGUGCCAGAGCGUAAAAGAAUGAAGUUUUGGGAUGAAUUGAAAAGAGAAUUUUUUCCCGAUAAACUUCUGAGCGAAGAACUCUAAGUGAAACUGUAUUACGAUAAUGUAGUUGGAAAUUGUAAUGCGAAUGGACGGUAUUGACAAACAUUUUACUGGGUUACUAUAGGUUUUAUUUGACUAAAUAUAUUUUUUAGAAUUGUAUAGUAUAAUACUUAUCUAUUUAACAUUUAACGAUGACGAAAGUAAUUCACAAUCGAUAUUAUUAACGCUAGAAUAAUUAUAAUUUCUGCCCUUAUAAUCAAUAGAUUGACUGCGACGCCAAUCAACUAAUGGUCGCUUUAUAGUUCUCUACAAAGUUAAAGCCCCUUUAUGUGUACCUACAAAACGAAUUUGAUGGUCAGAGUGUAAUUAAAAGGAAGUGCUUUCAAAUAACCUUACCUAUAAAUAAUUUAUGUUGUUGUUGGUCUACUAAUUUGUAAGGUGUAUGUAUUCGACUUUCCGAAAAUGUUUAAUACUGUCGUUUGAUUUUAGAAAAUUGAAAAAAUAUCUGU